AUGGCUGAAUAUGAAAAGGAAGGAACGAUUGCACAAACACCAUCCACGAUAGAGUCUAGAUUACAAGAAAUGAAUACAACGUUGGAUUCGACACUGCAAGCGGAAUUGACUUCCGACGAAAAGUCACAGCCACAGAUGAGAGUUUCUGAUGCAAAAGAAUCCUUGGAAUUAACAAAUGCACAGUUUGCAUGUGAAACAAAGGUUAACACAAACAUCCAAACUACCUCAACUGACUCCAGAAGCUUCCAGAAGGCCAAUGUUGUAAAAGCACAAAGUGAAGAUAAAGGAAUGAUCGAGCACGAAGAAAGGGAAAUAGACUAUGCCAAGUGCAAUGAGCACAAGGACAAGAAAAAUGAUCUUUUUUGUCAAACGUGUCAAAAAAGCGUCUGUGAAAGAUGUGUAUAUUUAAACCAUAAAACACACAAGCUUGUUGACCUUAAGGAGAUAAUCAAUGAAAAAAAAAGACAAUUUACAUUAGAAACAGAUGUCCUUAAGUUCCAAAUUCAGUGGAAAUAUGAAGAGGAAAUUUCAAGAAUGGAGACAGAGUACAAAAAUUUGAAUGAAGUUUAUUCCCAGAUAAGAAAAGCAAUCAAAUCAACGGCCGAGGAAUGGCAUAAAGAGGUUGAUAGAAUUGCCAAUACAUUUCUCAGCAGUGUCGACAAGUUCGAGGGGAUUCAUAAAAAUCGAAUGUAUGAUGAGAUAAAGAAACUUGAGAGCAUUUUGAGUGAAAUUAAAAAAAUUGUUGAAGAUAAUGAGAAAACUUUAGCAACACCGUUGGAACUUGUUGAAAAGGAAAUACCAAACGUAGAGACAUUCAAAAAAUUUCCACAGGUUUCUUAUGUGAAUCCACCGGUUUUCACCGUUGGAAGUCUUCAGGAAGUCAUUGACUAUCAUAUUCAACUUGACAAAAUAAAGUUCAAUUCUGAAAACUUACCGGUACCAUAUAACGCAGCAAACGGCAAGUCUUGUGUUUGUCUGGCUGAACUUAAAGUUCUGAACGAAAGGAGAUACCCUGGAUACGAAAUACAAACAGGGAUAACAAAGCGACCGAAAUUUUCUAAUCCCGCGAUCAAAAUUCCAAAUCACAAAUCUCUAAACGAUAUUCAAGCUUUAUCAAAAGCAGAAGCUUUCGUUUCAGAUUUAGGAGGACGCGUGUCUUUAAUCGAUAGGAAAGGAAAUGUUCAGAUGUCUCAAAAAUUGGAGAGAAUACAUUUCUUAUCGAUAGGAAAAAAUAAUGAUCUUUACUAUACAGAUUCAGAUGAAAAAAGAAUAGUAAAAAUGAAGUUUGAGGGAACGGAGUCACAUGGUUCAGACGAGACCGAAAGGAAAAAGGAAAUGCUAACUACCUUUGAAGUGUCUACCGAAGAUUGGGAACCAAAGGGAUUAACAAUAACAAGUUCAGGACAUCUUUUGGUAUGUCUUCAGAACGAAGAAAGUGGGAAAAUCGUCAGAUACAGCAAGAACUUAGAAGAAUACGUUCCUAAGGAUGAAAAUCUAGAGUUUCAAAUUGAAAAGCCUGAAAGAAUUGUUGAGAACAAAAAUGAAGAUAUCUGCUUGACAGAUAUGGGUAGUGAGAAGUCUGUGUAUAUUUUCCGUAAAAAUGGAAAAUUUCGCAACAAAUAUCAACCAAAAACGGCUGCUAAUAUUGUGGAAGGAAUCUUCAAAUGGCGAGAUACUUCCUUUUCUCCGGAAGGAAUUUGUACCGACCGAAUGGGACACAUUCUGAUUUCUGACACACCUAACAAAGUUAUUCAUAUUCUUAAUCAGUGGGGAGAAUUUCUUCAAUAUCUUCUCAGAGGCUAUCUCUAUCAUCCAAGAGCUAUGGUUGUGGAUGAAAGUGGGGACUUAUGGCUCCUCGAAGGAAAAGAGAAAUUGAAAAUUGUAAAGUAUUUGAAUGGAUUUCUCUAA